AUGCGGGAGGUGGUCUUCACUGAAUCGAUUGAGCACCGAUCAAGACAUGUGCCAUGCGAACAUUGUCGAAAACAUAGGAGGAAAUGCGCAACGUUGACAGGGACGCACUGUGAGAGGUGUCGACGUAUGGCUCUUGUGUGCCUCUACAAGUUCACACGACGGCCUGCAGCAGCAGUGGAAUGUCCUCAAGCAGCAGCUAUUGAAGCCAAGCGACGACGACUCCUUCGAAGCAAACGACAACAUGUACGAGAUCAAGUGCGACAACUGGAGCAGCUUGUGAAUGAUAUGGAGACCGAGUUACAAUCAUUUGGCGACCAUGGAAGGAAAAGGAUUGGUGAAGCUGAGCAAUGGUUAUCGAUUAGUGCGCAUGAUGGUGGCAAUAUGCGUAUCGAAGCACCUGUCAAGACUGUAGCCGAAAUGCUGGUUUUGAUGAAGCGGGCUCGGGCUUACUUUUGUGCCGGCAAUGACGAUGACUAUUUCGACCCUCCAAUCAUCCGAUCACCUCUUUAUUUUUCCGAUCGCCGAGCAAAGGAUGCUUACUUGAUGAUCCAACGUGCCUCACCUAUAGAAUACGUCUUGCGUCGAUUCAUUCUUGGUCUCGCAUUUGGUAAAUCAAAUAAUGCUGUCGUCACUGGAGCAUCAACAAAGAGCAUCGCCAAUGAGGAGUCUAUUGAUCAUAACCAUCCUUCCGUUAUCAACCUCAAACGUCGUAUCAUCCACCACUACUUUGAGCAGACUUGCUAUCCACAUCAGCGUCUCAUACGUUCACAUUAUUUACCACUACUUCUCAAGAAUACCGAUUGUCUACUCGCCAACAGCAUUGUCGCAGCUAUCUCCAACAGUUUAUGCAAUCACGUGUGUGUACAAGGAUUACCAUUCACACGCAAAACAUUCGCUACAUCUUGUCAACAAAAGGCCUAUAUGCAAUUACGAGACGUUCUUUUCGAUGAGCCGACAGUUGAGAUCAUAGCAUCCAUACGACACAUUUCAACUUGUCUUAUGUUGGAGCUUAAUGUUCAAGAAGCACGGCGAUUGGUUCAUUUGGGAUGGCGUAUGGUGCUUGUGCUAAAGAACAAAUAUUGGCCUCUUCUUCAUUCUCGAGACAACAGCAGACACAUCGAUCACAAUGUUACCUUGGUCGAAGCGGAGUCAUGGCGACGGUUGUUUUACGAUAUGCGAUCAUUUGAGAUGAGCUUAGCGAUGCUAUUCAACGACGGCACGAUGGAUUUAUCAUCACUGAUAGCGAGUGCUCAAUAUGUGGGACGACCUAUGCGACUAGCAGAAGAAGAAUCCUGUUACAACACAGCAUCCGAUAUAUACCAGUACUUGACAGCUCUUAGCAUCCUCCCUGGACAUUUCGAUUCAGCUUUUGAACGACAAGAUAUCACAUGUUGCAUGCUAUACGCAGGGAUGAUAGAGCGGAUAUCGUAUUCUGACAUGGCAUACAUUGAAAGUCGUCUUGUGGAAUUCUGGCAUCUGUUACCAAGGGCCUAUGUCUUAUCCGAUGAACCGGUGAUGGAAGUCCUUAGCAUGGAACGUAUCCGACAAUGUCAAGAGCCUUACAUCAUGUACCUUAAUUUGGCUUAUUUCAUGUAUUGGAUCCUGAUUCAAAUGCGCCUUAUGCGAGUAUCCACCACUAUUCCUGAUACCAACGAUACACGUGACAGUCAACGUGCAUUGGCAAUCGUAUCCACUUGCUGUGACGCCGUAGCCAAGUUAUCAUUAACGCUGUAUGAUGUCUCCCCUUGUCUUGUUGAUGUUCAUUGGCUUGUAUUAAUAUCGGAUCUAUUGAUGACGUUCAAGAAUGCAGCCGACGAUGUGAUACGUACACGAGCACAAGAAAACAUGCAAUGGAUGAUGUAUAUUCUCAACAACCUUUCACAAAAACCACCAACCCAUACCUCGCCAACCUCUUCCACUCCUUCGAAUUCCACGCCAACGCCGCCACCUGCCUUUCACGGUGAAAUGAGUCGGCUCAUGACUGUACGAAUCAAAGAUAAUGACCACCACGACCAACAACACAAUCAACCUGUACCAUAA